AUGCCCCGCCGUGUGGCGUCCAAGUUUGCUGACCAGCUGGAGCCAGGCCUCAGCGCCCAGCAGCGAAGGAAGAAGCUGAAGGAAGUCUAUGAGAAAAACCGACAGCGCAAGUUGAAUCGCCCAAGUGGUGCUUCAAAGUACAGCCACCUUCCAGAGAUUGAGGCGCUGAAGGGCAAACCUCAGGCUCGGCGGCGAGCUUUGGCAAAGCUGUACCGGGGCCAGAAGAGCGAGAGUCAAAGAGCAGAAUCGCUGCAAAAUGGCACGGAGAGCCACGCUGGGAUGAGCCCGGCGUCGGGGCCAGAUGAGGGUGGCUCCCGACAAGAUGUCCAUUGCAAGAGCGGAAGCGCGGGGCCAAAGCUGGACAGCGGCAGGAUUGUCCAGCAUGAAACCCCGGGCAGCGCUCCGAGCUUGGAGCUUGCCCGCCUGCAAGAGCGGAUCAGGCAGUUGGAGGGGGAGGCGCAGCUGCUGGCUCGGCGGCUGCGGUGGCAUGAAAAUGUUCGUGAUAUCGUGAGUGCCUCCGCAAAGCGGUCUUUUGAUGCCGUCCCAAUUCCGGGAUGGCUGAUUUUGGAGGGCCAGAAGCUCGCUUGA